AUGGGCGACCGUCAAUUAUUCCUCGGAAAUUUAUGUACUGUAACAUUAGAAACAUUAAGAACAUAUUGUGAAAAAUAUGGUACCAUUAUUGAUCUUACACUGAAUCGAGAUAAAGAUAAUAAUAUUUAUCAUUGCUUUGCUUUUAUUACAUUUCAAUCGUCAUGUUCUAUAACACAAUUUAUGUCUGCACGACCUCAUCUAAUUAACGAUGAAGAAAUAUUUGUUAAACGAGCAUUACCACGAUUGACAGCGUCAAUCCCUGAACGACUAGUUGUGACUAAUCGAUUAUUAUUAUCGAAAUCAACUAAUUAUGACAAAGAAAGUCUUCGAAAUUAUUUCAAUAAAUUAGGUUCAAUAAAAAAAUUUCAUUAUGAAAAGGGUUUGAUCGAUUACAAGGAUUAUGAUGAUGUUGACAAAAUUCUACUUACUCGACCGCAUUACAUCGAAGGUAAAGAAAUAUUCGUUACUAAAUUCAUUCCAAAUGAACAACAAGAUCCUGAGAUUGUUAAUCAACAGCCUGAUCGAAGCCUACUCAAAAAUGAAGAGAAAAGUUUAAAAAUUAAAUAUAAAUAUCUUGAAAAACAAUUUGAAGAAUAUAAACAAAUAAAAGACAAAGAAAUAAAUGCUUUAAGAAAAGAAUUAGAAAAUAUAAAAGAAGAACUAUCUGAUAUAACACAAGUAAAAUUAGAUAGGUUAAUAAGAAAUCAACAACUAUUUCAUCGUCAAUUACUACUCUGUUUAAAUCCGAAUUCAGAUUUAAUUCAUGCCCAAAUGUGUGACGAUUUUCUUCGAUCAGCACCAUAUAAAAAACGUAAAACAACAACAUCUUUGAUUGAUAAUCAAUCUCAAUAUUUAACAUAA